UCGCGCCGCCUCCUGACGUCAUCCACGCAGAUACGUCACUGCCGCGCGCCACGGGUCCGGGCGUGAUGGCGGCGCUGGGCGGGGACGGACUGCGCCUACUGUCGGUAUCGCGGCCUGAGCGGCAGCCCGAGUCAACCGCGCUGAGCGGCCCGGGCCCGGGGCUGUGCUGCUGGGUGUCUGUGUUCUCCUGCUUCAGCCUCGCCUGCUCCUACGUGGGCAGCCUCUACGUGUGGAAGAGCGAGCUGCCCAGGGACCACCCUGCUGUCAUCAAGCGGCGUUUCACCAGUGUCCUGGUGGUCUCCAGCCUGUCCCCUCUCUGCGUGCUACUCUGGCGGGAACUCACCGGCAUCCAGCCAGGCACAUCACUGCUCACCCUGAUGGGCUUCAGGCUGGAGGGCAUUUUCCCAGCAGCUCUGCUGCCGCUGCUGCUAACUAUGAUCCUUUUCCUGGGCCCACUGAUGCAGCUCUCUAUGGAUUGCCCGUGUGACCUGACAGAUGGGCUGAAGGUUGUCCUGGCCCCUCGCUCUUGGGCCCGCUGCCUCACAGACAUGCGCUGGCUACGAAACCAAGUUAUUGCACCCUUGACAGAGGAGCUGGUGUUCCGGGCUUGUAUGCUGCCCAUGUUAGCGCCAUGCACAGGUCUGGGCCCUGCUGUGUUCACCUGCCCGCUCUUUUUUGGAGUUGCCCAUUUUCAUCACAUUAUUGAGCAGCUACGUUUCCGCCAAAGCAGUGUGGGGAGUAUCUUCUUGUCUGCAGCGUUCCAGUUCUCCUACACUGCUGUCUUCGGUGCUUACACAGCUUUCCUCUUCAUCCGCACAGGACACCUGAUAGGGCCAGUUCUUUGCCACUCCUUCUGCAACUACAUGGGCUUCCCUGCUGUGUGCGCAGCCCUGGAGCAUCCACAGAAGUGGCCACUGCUGGCAGGCUAUGCUCUUGGUGUGGGACUCUUCCUGCUUCUGCUUCAGCCCCUGACGGACCCCAAGCUCUACGGCAGCCUUCCCCUUUGUGUGCUUUUGGAACGAACAGGAGCCUCAGAGACCCUACUGUGCUCCUGACCAUCACUCUUGUGUACACUCGAGUGAACUCUGACGGGCUCUCCAGCUCUUCCUUAUCAAGGGUUACUGCGAGGACAGGGCUGGCUGGGGUCCCCGAGAUCUCAGGAAUUUUUGUAGGGGAUUGAAGCCAGAGCUAGUUGAACCCCAGGGACCAAGAGAAAGUAGCAGAUAUCCAAAGGGUACAGCCUCUCUGACAGAGGGGUUGAGGAGCAGCUGGACAUGAGGGGACAGGGAGAAAUCCUAGGAGCUGUGCACUCCCUCUUUGGACUGCUGCUUCUCUUUGCUCCCCUUCCCCCCCGGAGAGCUGCUCAGUGGGUUUAUUUAUAAAACCCUCCCAACUUCCCAGGGUUUUCUCAUUGUCUUUUUGCAUCAAGACUUUGUAUUGGGAUAUUAAAGAGAUUUAACUUGGGUAACAUUGUCUUGAACCUUUGGGAGUCCAUGUACUUGGAUCUUGGUGAGGACUCAGGCCUACACUAUACUACUGCAGUAUGUACACUCCUCUUGGCUACUUUGAACACUGCUAACCUGGGCAGGUGAG